UAUCUAUGGUAAUGACAUGUUCAAUGUUAAUGACAGAUUUACAGUUGAUUAAAUUACUAUAAUUCGUGUUAAUUAAUUGUAUUCAAUUAUAGUGAAAGAGGUAGUUUGAGUACUAGUGAUUAACUUAUACAGAAAGUGGCGAAUUUUAUGGGUAUUUGUAUAAAAGUUGUCAACAAACAUAUCAUAUCGUUCAUAAUUUUAUAGUUAACCUACUUUUGAAUAGGUAUAAGGAACAGUUAAAGAAAGCUAUUUUCACUUUGUUCAACUUUGAUUUGCCCUACAUAUUUUUACUUUGAAACGAAUGUAUGUUAAUAUUAACUUGUAAUCAUGAGUGAUACGACAUCCAAUACAGAAAGUUCGGAUCGCCCUUCGAGUCAACUAAAUUUUGGUGCUUUCAAAGUCCACGUUUUAGCUCACAAAAUUGAUGUGACGUUAUGGGUAAUUAGAAUUCUGACAAUAUUUUUUACAAUUGGUUACUUCAUUCCUGUUUAUUGGAGCUCUUAUAAUGCCUACUAUAAAGCAUUAUUAGCUAACGCAGCCACUAGUGCCCUUCGCUUACACCAGAGAUUAGGAACUGUGCAGUUUAAUGCACAGUUUCUUGCAAAAGUAUUGUUAGAAGAUAGUUGCCAUUAUUUAUUUUAUUCACUCAUAUUUUUAUAUGUACCUCCAGUUACAUUGGUUCUGUUACCAAUAUUACUUUUUGCCAUUUUACAUGCUUCAAGUUAUGCCUUAACGUUACUUGAUACCUUAGGACACAAUGCAUGGUGGGGAGCUCGUCUAUUAAUUUCAGUUGUAGAGUUUCAGUCCAGAAAUAUUUUAAGGCUAAUAAGUUUUACAGAAAUUUUCCUCAUGCCUUUAACUGUAUUUUUGGUGUUGAUGGGCAAAGGUGGUCUUUUGACACCGUUUAUUUAUUACCAUUUUCUAGUCCAACGAUACAGCUCAAGAAGAAACCCGUACACCAGAAACAUGUUCCACGAACUACGUGUUGUUUUUGAAUCAUUUGCAGCCAAACCAAAUAUGCCGGGUUUCAUUAGAUCGUUUAUAUUAUUUGUAAUCAAUUUAACAUGCAAAUUAGCACCUCCGCAAGUUACUGCACAACCUCACACUCAGUAAAAUCAAGAUUGGUUUUUAAACCUCUUUCUUAUGUAUUUUGUCACGUUAUAUUCAGGAAGGUAUUGAUAGUCAUAUUGUAGUGUGUUGCAUUCCAUUAAGUUAGCAUAAAUAUUCUUAUUAAUUAAUAUCAUUAUAAUGUAAACUCAAAUGGUGCAGUUAUUUUUCUUACCUUUUAUUCGUUUUUUAACGAUUUGUUAACCAGACGUAUCUUUGCAAUAUAGAUAAUAUAUUAAUAUUCGCGUUACUAGUUUUUAGAUUUUUUUAAUUCGGUGAAGGAUUUGUUGCAUGCUGUUAUGUCUGCAUGAUUUAUUUAUUCAAAAUGUGAAUGUAAUUGGUCGACGUUAUUUUCUAUUUUUUAAUGGCUCAUUUUUAAGCUACUUAAAUAUCAGAGAACUAACGUUCGAAAAUUGCUAUAUAGAUGGAUUUUGAUUGUCAUCAUUUGUUUUUACUAUUUGAGUAUUGUUAUUGUUUUUUUUUUCAGUAGAACAGUUUAAUUAAAAUCUCUAUUAUCUUGUAUUUUGUUAAAUAU